CCUGCAGCCGUUUAGGCUGCGGUGCCAAAGAGUCGGUCCCGAAGCGGAAGUGCUUGUUGGGGCCAGGCUUUGUAACGGUCUCCUGAGCAGCGAGCAGAAAAUCUGUUAUCGAGAGAGAGUGAGCACAGUGACCUGCCCCUAAGGGUUCAUGCGCAUCCCUCAGACCCCUCUUUAGACGCGCCCCGCUUCUCCCUCUGCCCUCUCCCCUUGCCCAAGCCCCGAGGUGGGGGCCUGGUGUGGAUGCUCCGGCCGAAGUGAACCUGCACCCCCGCACCCGAAGGCCUCUUUCCGGCUCCUGGGCAAGGCGGCCCCGGUGAGCUCGGCCGUCACACAUCUCUGCUUUUUCCCAAGAAGAGCAGGAAAUGGCCAAACCCCAGCAGGAUCUCCCUCUCUCACCCAGGCUGGAGUGCAGUGGCAUGAUCUCAACGUACUGCAGCCUUGACCUCCCGGGUUUAAGUGAUCCUCCCACCUCAACCUCCCAAGUAGCUGGGACCACAGGCACACACCACCACGACUGGCUAAUUUUUUGUAGAGAUGGGGUUUUGCCAUGUCUCCCAGGCUGGUCUCGAACUCCUGAGCUCAGAAAAAAAAAGUUAUAAAGAAAAGUGGUUUAUUUGGCUCACAGUCCUGCAAGCUGUACAAGAAGCAUGACACCAGCAUCUGCAUCUGGUGAGGCCUCAGGAAGCUUCUACUCAUGGCAGAAGGCAAAGAGGGAACAGGGGCUAGUGACAUUUGAAGAUGUAGCUGUGGAUUUCACCCAGGAGGAGUGGCAGUACCUGAACCCACCACAGAGGACCCUGUACAGAGACGUGAUGCUGGAGACCUACAGCAACUUGGUCUUUGUGGGGCAGCAGGUUACCAAACCAAACCUCAUCCUCAAGUUGGAGGUAGAAGAAUGCCCAGCAGAAGGAAAAAUCCCAUUUUGGAACUUUCCAGAAGUCUGUCAAGUUGAUGAACAGAUUGAGAGGCAACAUCAGGAUGACCAAGAUAAAUGUCUGCUGAUGCAAGUUGGAUUUUCUGACAAGAAAACAAUUAUCACCAAGAGUGCUCGUGACUGUCAUGAGUUUGGAAACAUACUUCAUCUGAGUACAAACCUUGUUGCUUCAAUACAAAGACCCGAUAAACACGAAUCAUUUGGAAAUAAUAUGGUAGAUAAUUUAGACUUAUUUAGUAGAAGUUCUGCAGAAAAUAAAUAUGAUAAUGGAUGUGCAAAAUUGUUCUUCCAUACUGAGUAUGAGAAAACAAAUCCUGGAAUGAAGCCCUAUGGCUAUAAAGAGUGUGGGAAAGGUCUUAGGCGAAAGAAAGGCCUUAGUCUACAUCAGAGAAUUAAAAAUGGAGAGAAACCCUUUGAAUGUACUGCAUGUAGGAAAACCUUCAGCAAGAAGUCACACCUCAUUGUACAUUGGAGAACUCAUACGGGAGAGAAACCUUUUGGAUGUACCGAAUGUGGAAAAGCCUUUAGCCAAAAAUCUCAGCUCAUUAUACACUUGCGAACUCAUACAGGAGAGAGACCCUUUGAGUGUCCUGAAUGUGGAAAAGCCUUCAGAGAAAAGUCAACUGUCAUCAUACAUUACAGGACUCACACAGGAGAAAAACCUUAUGAAUGUAAUGAAUGUGGAAAAGCCUUCACUCAGAAGUCCAACCUCAUUGUCCAUCAGAAAACCCACACUGGAGAGAAAACCUAUGAAUGCACUAAAUGUGGAGAAUCUUUCAUACAGAAGCUUGAUCUAAUUAUACAUCAUAGUACCCAUACAGGAAAGAAACCCCAUGAAUGUAAUGAGUGUAAGAAAACUUUCAGUGAUAAGUCAACUCUCAUUAUACACCAGAGAACUCAUACGGGAGAGAAACCUCAUAAAUGUACUGAAUGUGGGAAGUCUUUCAAUGAGAAGUCAACCCUCAUUGUGCAUCAAAGAACUCAUACAGGAGAGAAACCCUAUGAAUGUGAUGUGUGUGGAAAAACCUUCACGCAAAAGUCAAACCUUGGUGUACAUCAGAGAACUCAUUCAGGAGAGAAACCCUUUGAAUGUAAUGAAUGUGAGAAAGCCUUCUCUCAGAAGUCCUACCUCAUGCUGCAUCAGAGAGGUCAUACAGGAGAGAAACCUUACGAGUGCAAUGAAUGUGAAAAAGCAUUUUCACAGAAAUCAUAUCUCAUUAUACAUCAAAGAACUCAUACAGAAGAAAAACCCUAUAAAUGUAAUGAAUGUGGCAAAGCCUUCAGAGAAAAGUCAAAGCUCAUUAUACAUCAGAGAAUUCAUACAGGAGAGAAACCUUAUGAAUGUCCUGUGUGUUGGAAAGCUUUUAGCCAGAAGUCACAGCUCAUAAUACAUCAGAGAACGCACACGGGAGAGAAACCCUAUGCAUGCACUGAGUGUGGCAAAGCCUUCCGAGAAAAGUCAACAUUCACUGUACAUCAAAGAACUCAUACUGGAGAGAAACCCUAUAAAUGUACAGAAUGUGGGAAAGCCUUUACCCAAAAAUCAAACCUUAUUGUACAUCAGCGAACCCAUGCAGGAAAGAAAGCCCAUGGAAGAGGCCACACUCGGAAGUCAAAGUUCAUGGCACAUUAGAGAGCUAAUCAGCAGUAUCUAUUAUGGACACUGAAAGAAAGUUGUGUCAAUUUUACUCACAUUUUAAAAGUAUAUUUUGACUUGUGGUUUAAAUAUGGGAGUAAAUUCAGCCUUUCUUCUUUUCAUCUCAGUCAUAACCCAAAAGCUACGGGAGAAAAAGCAGAAGUGUAAUCUCUGUAUCUGACAAAAUUAGGAGACAGCUGCAACCCUAAUGAGAGGGCUGCCACAGGCAGAGGAAAUGAAGCACUGGUGCAGGAGAUUUCAGAGUGAGCGUGCUCAAGGCUGCAGAUGCAAGACAGCACUGGUAAGGACUCUUAGCUGAGGUUCGGGAUAUACCCCGAGGCGUGGAACCAUAGAUAUAACAGUGGUAACCGUGCGUGGGUAGGUAGGAGGUAGGAUGUUUCCUAGACCAUUUGGGGUCUGAGGAGAAACAGGCUGGGGCCUCGAGAAGGAGUCACUCAGACAAGCCAUAUUUGUAGAAAGUAGUCUACUGAUGGGAGCAACAGUUAUGGCAUGCUGGGGGAAGAGAAGGGACUUUUCCUUGUGAAGAGCCCUACAGCUGCCCCUAUUUACUGACUUGGGAGAAGUAAAGUCAGAAAGAACGAACAGCUGUGGGGGGAAAAAAUUCUCAGUUGUCAAAAAAAAAAAACUGAUCUGCUUAGAAUGUGGCCCUGGUUUCUUUUCCCACAUGAACCUCCAGCAAAUAGCAAGUCCAGGAAAAACUCUUCUCAUUCAAAGAGGAAUUAUUCAAAAGUAAUCAAAACCACAAAUGCAUUUGGUUUUUGGGCCAGCAAUUCCACUUCUAGGAAUGUACAUACUCACACAUGUACAAAAUGAUGAACAUACAGAAGUAUUCAUUAAUGCAGCGUUUGUGAAAACAAAAGAUUGGAAGCUGUCUAAAUGACACCAUAUCAGGGUUCUGGUUCCCUAAAUUGUGGUAUAUUCAUACAGCCUACUCCUGGGUAGACAACAAUGAAUAAAUAAGGAGAACUUGGAAACCAUUUAUGUAGUGAUGUGGGAUAACCUUCAGUUUAUGUUAUUAGGUAGGAAAAAUAAGGUUGAGGACAGUGAGUAUAAUACACUGCCAUUUGUAUAUAAAAAGGAGAAAAAUGGUAAGUACAUAAUUGUGAAUUCAUAAGUUAUCUCUGGAAAGAGACAUGAGAACCUGGUAACCCUGAUUACCUUGGGAGGGGAAGGGGCAGUGGUGGCUGGGGGGAUGGAAUUGAGAGGGAGACAACUGUAUCCUUUCAUAGCUUUUGAAAAUGUGGGUGUACUAUGUACUAUGUGGAUGUACUACCUUUUCAAAAAUAAAACAUUUAAAAAGCUA